GAGAAGUGGCGCAUCGCAGCCAUCAGGGUUAUGAACAAUUCGGUGUUUUUCAUGCAAAAUACCCUCUGUUUUCCCGCGGAUUAAUGCAAUCGUCGUCGGUUGCAUGCAGCAAAGCGAUGGGGAAUUGAUAGAUUAAACAGUAGCCUAUUAUUAUGAUAAACGGAGACGCUCAUCCCAAAGCCGUAUAUUUGUUUUAUAUGCCGAAAUGAGGCAGGGGGCGGAAAGUCGCCGCAGAAACAGUGGGUUUUGGCCAAACAUCACACAGUUUCAGUCCAUAAUUGACGUUAAAUCGUGGGUUUGCGUUGCUUUUGGUGCAAAAUUACCGAAUUGAGCGAAUUUUGCCAGAGAAAUGCAGCUUGCUUGAAGACACCCCAGAUAUCGGUUGGCUACUGCUGCCAUGACAGGUAGAGGUCUCCUCUCGACUACGGCUUCGCCGGUUGGAGAAUAAACAGGUUGAUUGGGACGUGAUCGCAGCUGCGGAACUGCCAAUGUCGGAUGUUAUUAUUAGUGGAGCCUGAUCCUGUAAAUAUAAACGCAAACAUACAGUAAUUCGGGAAAAACUCAGGGAAAAUGUCUUCUCGUUCUGCAUUACCGUCUGGAAACGACAGGGGCACGGACCAUCAUGUGUCUCUAGCCGCCAGUCGCUCAGACAAGGGCACUAGCCUGUCCAGCCGCUCACUGGGCGCCCGCUGCAGGAACUCCAUCGCCUCCUGCUCUGACGAGACUCCGCACAUCGGCAACUACCGCCUGCUUAAGACCAUCGGCAAGGGCAACUUCGCCAAGGUCAAGCUGGCCCGCCAUAUCCUGACGGGCAAGGAGGUUGCAAUAAAAAUAAUUGACAAAACUCAGUUGAAUCCAACCAGCCUACAAAAGCUCUUUCGAGAGGUUCGGAUAAUGAAAGGUUUAAAUCAUCCAAACAUAGUGCAGCUGUUCGAAGUGAUUGAGACGGAUAAGACCCUUUAUCUAAUCAUGGAGUAUGCCAGUGGAGGUGAAGUGUUUGACUACCUCGUAUCUCAUGGGAGAAUGAAGGAGAUUGAAGCCAGAGCCAAAUUUCGGCAGAUCGUGUCUGCUGUCCACUACUGUCACAUGAAGAACAUUGUCCACCGAGACUUGAAGGCCGAGAAUCUCCUGCUGGACGCCAACGCCAACAUCAAAAUCGCCGACUUCGGCUUCAGCAACGAGUUCACACUGGGCAACAAGCUGGACACGUUCUGUGGCUCUCCACCCUACGCGGCCCCGGAACUGUUCCAGGGGAAGAAAUACGACGGGCCCGAGGUGGAUGUCUGGAGCCUGGGGGUCAUACUGUACACACUGGUGUCAGGAUCGCUGCCCUUCGACGGGCAGAACCUCAAGGAGCUUCGUGAGCGCGUCCUGAGGGGGAAGUAUCGUGUGCCCUUCUACAUGUCCACCGACUGCGAGGGGAUCUUACGCCGGUUCCUGGUGCUCAACCCUACCAAGCGCUGCACCCUAGAUCAAGUCAUGAAGGACAAAUGGAUAAACGCAGGGUAUGAUGAGGAUUCCCUGAAGCCCCAUAUAGAGCCUGUCGAGGACUACAGUGACACUAGUCGCAUAGAGGUGAUGGUGGGGAUGGGCUUCACUCCAGAGGAGAUCAAGGACGCUCUGCUCAACCAGAAGUACAAUGAGGUUACCGCCACUUAUCUACUGCUGGGCCUCAAGAACGAGGAUGGCAGCGAGUCUCGUUUGGCCAGUACCCUGUCCUUGGCACGGAUCCGACCCAGCCCCAUCACCAAUGGGACCAACAAACACUCAUCGGCCACUGCAGGCUCCUCUUCCUCCUCUUCCUCGCAUAGCAAGACCCAGCGCAGCACCUCCACCUAUCACAGGCAGCGGCGGCACAGUGACUUCUGCGGGCCCUCCAUGCCCGUCAUGCACCCCAAGCGGAGCCCCACCAGCACGGGUGACCGGGAGCUGCGGGAGGGGCGCAUGCCACCACGUAAGGCCAGCUGCAGUGUGAUGGGCAGUCGCUCGCUGCCCCCCUCCAGCCCCAUGGUCAGCAGUGCUAAUAAUCCCAACAAGUCAGAGAUCCCCGACCGCCGCAAGGAGAUGACGGCCACCACAGUGAGAAACAGUGAGAACAAUAUCCCGGGAAGUGCUAUGACCCGCCGGAACACAUACGUCUGCACGGACCGCUCCAGCACCGACAGACACUCCUUGCUGCAGAAUGGCAAGGAGAACAGCUCACUGUCCCACCGCCUACCCCCCACCUCCCCCUCCACCCUGAGCAUCUCCGGGGCCGGGGCCUCCUCCUCUGGCGAGCGCUGCCGUCUGACACGGGGCUCCACGAUCCGGAGCACUUUUCACGGGGGCCAGUUGAGGGACCGGGGCCCGCCCGUCUACUCGGCCCCGCCCACCUCCCCCACGCUGUCCCACCACGACGCCAGUCCACUGCCGCACGCCCGCAGCCGCGCCACUUCCAACCUCUUUACCAAACUCACCUCCAAACUCACGCGCAGGGUCAAUCUUGACCCCUCUAAGCGCCAGGGCUCAAACAAAUCAGUCUCGGGUUGUACCCUUCCCCAGGGAUCAAAAACAGUUAGGUCACAAAUGAACCUGAGGGAAUCUGCCGAUCUGCGGUCACAAGGUCAGUAUAUGUCACAAGUCGCCAUUUACCUGGGCAUCAAAAAGCGGCCGAGCCCUGGGCCAUCGGAUGUGGCUGGAAUCUGAGGGUACCCCGGGGGCGGCGGGACCCAGCGGAGGUGGUGCUGGCUCUGCGGGAGGCGGCACGGGGCUGCGGCUGCCAGGUCCACCACGCCGGCCCCUUUCUGCUCUCCUGCACCCACGGGGCGUCCGGCGGUUGCGUGGCCUUCAAGGCAGAGGUGUGCCACCUCUCCACAGGGGCUGGUGCCUCCAACAAUAAGGCUUCCAACGGGGUGCGCUAUACACGACUUUGGGGAGCACCGCUCGUUUUCCGGGACAUCGCCAUGCAAAUCUCAAAGGACCUCGAACUCUGAAUAUAAUGGGGGUUGAGAAGGAUGGAAAGAGAAAUAUAGAGAAAGAGCGAUGUGGGGCUGGACUCAAGAUAAAAUACAUUUGCCCCUGUCUCUUACGUGGCUAUAGCCCUACCCCCCUCCGCACCAGUCUCAACCUAACCACCCGCCCCCAUCGCCACACCACCCAGACCCAAAUGUACCCCCCGCAUCCCUCUCACCACUACAACUGAACAGCUUCACCCACUGGAACCUGAUCAGACAGGAAUCCAGCUUAAAAUGUUUUACUGUUAACUCUAGCCAUAAUGACUAUUACUUUUAUGAUUGGUAUCAUUGUCUUUUUUAACGAUCACCAACUCCGUACCGACAACAUCAAAAACAUUCUCGAAAACAUUUCUCGCGUUUCGCCGUCUUUGACGCGUGUCACAGUACAGAUAUAGGAUCUUGAUUUGAUCACCCUGUUGCAGGAUAACAUUCCUGCAAUACAGGAAAUGUAAAACUUG